CAGAAAGCUAUUCAACAUUGCGUAUUGGUGACUCAACAGAAAUGUAAAUGUAACCUUGAGUGGCAGGAUAAAAAGGUCCAGGACUGCUGUGCGAAGCGGAGAUCAGCAAGCGCAGGGACGGACUUCUGUGCAAGAUACAUGGAGAGUAGCUACUGAACAGAGGCACAGGAGUCAGCUGAUCAACUUUUAACAAAAGAAUACAACAUUAUAUGAUAUUACAAUACUCUUUCACCCACAACUAUACCUUUACAGAUAUAUACAGAUUGAGAAUUUUCAAGCCCCAUUGAGGGAGAAAUGAAAAACAUUAUGUUCACUGUAUGGCUCGUUCUCGUGCUUGCUGUGAGUGAAAGCUGGCAACAGAUCCCACCAGAGAAACUCAAAAAGCUAUCGAUAGAUGGACAAAAAUAUCUAAAUAAACAAAUCGAAAAUGCUAUCAGUGGAGCAAAGAUUAUGAAAUCUAUUGCGGAUAAAAGUGACCAACAACACCAGGAGUAUCUACGAAGUUUGGAACAAACCAGCAAGCAAAAGGAGGAAGCUCUGGUAGCUGCUAAAGAUGCUCAGAGAAAGCUGACUGAUGCUGAGCAAUGUCAGUCAAAGGAGGCCCUCUGGGAAGACUGCAAGCCAUGCUUGAAGCAAACGUGCACACAAUUCUACUCAAGAGUUUGCAGAAGAGGCUUUGGGCUGGUUGAAAAAGACGUAGAAAGGUUCUUUAAUGAAACACCACUGGCUUCUGUAUGGGUCAAUGGGGAUAAAUUCGACUCACUGGUUGAAAAGAAUGCAGAGCAGGGUGAACAAUUUGAACAUGUUGAAAAACAGUAUGAAGACAUCGAUGAAAUGUUCAGAGAAAGCAUGAGAGCGUUUGAUGGAACAGAUAGAUUGAUUGAUCAUCCCUUCAGCAACUUUGGACUUUUCCCGAAGCACUUCUCUUUGUUUCCAGAUUCAUCCCUUUCCCCCUUUAAACCUUCCAUGUUUGACAGUCAUGGGAUGCUUUCCUCUUUCUUCGAUAUGACUCAGCGGAUGUUUGAAAAAUUCCACAAAAUUAUGCAUGAUGUUGAGUUAGAUAGAGGAAUGUAUCAUGAGAUAGAUGGACAAAACAGGACAAAUUCAACAGAAGGACAGGAUCAAUUCAUCUGCCGUGAAAUACGUCGGAACUCUUCUGGGUGCAUGAAACUUUCAGACAAGUGUGAAAAAUGCAAAGAACUCAUGUCCUUAGAGUGUUUUGAUAUGGAUCACAAACCUUUACGAAAGGCGUUUGAAGAGGCUCUGUCAAUGGCAGAGCAUUUUACAAAGAAAUAUGAUAAUCUAAUGAAAGAAUUUCAGCAGAAGAUGGAGAAUAGCACCAAGGAGUUAGAGAUGCUGAACAAACAGUUUGGAUGGGUGUCUAAACUGGCAAAUUAUACACAGAGCCCUGAUGGAUCAUUUCAUGUUAAAGCUAUAUUGUCAAGAUCCGCAAACGAUGGUCCAUCCAAAGACACCGGUACCACUGUUACUGUCCAGAUCUUUGAUUCGCCUCCAUUGACCUUCAUGGUCCCAGGACAGAUGCACUGGGAAGAUCCUGAGUUCUCGGAAAUGCUGGCACAGCAAGCAUUGAAGCACUACAAUGAGAACAGAAUGUUACAAGGCUUGCCAGAUCAUAAGCUGGAGACCAUAGAAGCGUGAAGGGAGCAAGUUCUCACUUUACCUGCUUUGAAGACUACUUCCAUAAACCUUAUUGUUAUAGCAAAUAGGUUUACAGCACAAAGCUACUGAAAAUCUCUCUGCACAAAUGUGUUGCUGGCAGACUGCAUUAUGCUAAAAUCCUUAAACAUGAACUACUAAAUAAAUGCUAUUGUGUGCACAAAAAA